ACUAUACCGGGUACGUACUUUAAUUCUUUCUGCGCUAAUACUUCGACUUUACUUAGGCCCGAGAGAUUUUUUUUUUUAAGAUACGCUUUGUUAAAUGUAAUAAAACCAAAUGGCCUUUAGUAAACGUGACAACUCCCUUACGUAAAACGUCAAAUGGUAUGCAAGUUACUUAUUUUUAAGUUAAUUAUUAGGUAUUUUUGUAAUGUUUCAGGUGUUUUUAUAUAAUAUAUUUUGUUUUACUAAACUUUAACCCUACAUUACAGUUAUGCUAUGGUAAACAUAUGGGCAUGUCUUUUGAAAUAUGACAUAAGUAUAGUGCACAAUUAUGUUUCCCAACAAUACAGCAAAAAUACCAAAAACAAAUUUGAACAUUUUAUUUUCAUACUGAACUCUUCAGAAGUAUCUUGGAUAUUAAGCGAACAUGGUUUACAUUUGACCUUUUCGUACUGAGGUCUUACAGCGUUUGCACAUAAAAGCAACGUGCGGACCAGAAGCAAUGGAAACGGAAUAAUUCUAAACUUAGAUUCAUUUAUGUUUUUAUUUUUCUUGAACACUUAUACCUGUGGACUUUACUUGACGUUUAACGAGCUAUAACUGUCAGAAUGAACUUUAUACUGACGUUACGUAAACAUAAGAGGGUUGAUUCUGACGUUUAGUUUUUUUUACGUUUUAAUGAGGCAGACAGGUGUAUAUAAAGAAUAACAACAGGGUGUACCCAAUUAUUCUAUUUAUCAAUUAGGAUUCAACGUUCAUGAAUUCAGACCGAAUGAAAUGAAAUACUUGUAGGAUAUCAUAUUCUUAGAAAUUCAAUGGAACUAUGCUUAUAGGUUAAAUAGCAGAUGUGAUAAAAAUAAUAAAUGCCUACGCGAUUGUGUAUAAAAUUUUUGCACCUGCGUUGCUUUUGGAAUUUGGAAUUGGUCCUAUGUUAGAAGACACUAUCUUGUCAAGUACAACGAAGCGUAAAAUCGGAACCCAACCUACCGACAAGAGUUGCAUGUAAAACAUACGAAAAACUAAACAGAUUUUGGAAAUUUCGUAUCAGGAUUUUAUUACGUGUGUACGAACGAGUCAGAACCGUAGAAACCACCUGGUAUCAUGUCUAUUUUGUGUCUUGUUGCCUUGAAGAGACGUCUCUGGUUGUUGCCCAUACUGACGUCAGGAUGGCUCUUCACGUCAUUUUGGACGGCAUAUGCUAUUGCUGUGUCCUACGAUCACACAGACGCUGACUUUCCGUACAUUAGUCAUACUGCCAUAGAAGCACCAGAGCGAUGUGUGUUUGGUCAAAUGGUUAAUAUAGGGGCGGUUAUGUUGGGAAUGAACGUCAUCCUGAGAUACCUAUUUUGUAAGAAGUAUCUCCGUAUCAAAUUAACACCGCCGGAGGACAGAUGGUACAAAAUCAACUUUGCGGGACUCGUCCUCGGAAUACUGACGGCAGUCGGCCUCAGUUUGGUUGCUAACUUUCAGACAGAGGUUCAUCGAGUACCACACUAUGUCGGAGCGGGGCUGGCGUUCGGGCUCGGGACGGUGUACUGCUGGUUCCAGACAGCACUAACGUACCAAGCGAGGUACAAGUACAACAGAAAGAAGAUUGUCCUACUCUUAGUCCAGUUUAUAAACAGUGUCAUGAUGUCCAUGCUGUUGGUAUUAUUUGGUACAACAAAACUCAUUUACAAAGUUCAAGAGAUGCGAGGGAAAGGAUCAAAAUGGGACGAAUUAAACGACAUCUACCUGACAUCUACAAUCACAGAAUGGCUUCUGGCUCUAUCCAUAUUGACCUUCACACUCACGUAUGCUCCAGAUUUCAAAAAUAUGAGAGUGGACGAUCCGAAUAUAUACUUUAAACUAAAAUUUGAGAAGAAACAUUCAAGUGUAAACUUACAGAAAAUGACUGACAACAAUAGCAAUAUUCAGGGCGCCGAUGUUAAGAGAAUGGAAGAAGGUCGUGCAAACGAAGACAAUAAAGUGACCAAAUGUUUAUCUGUAGUAUCCAAUGGAACCACUUGAAAAUGUCAGCUGAAAAAUCAGGACACAAAAAGCGCCUGUGAUAUUAUUUCUACUUAAUUCCAAGAAAUAUGACGUGCCUCUAUUUGCUGAACAGUUUAUAACUCACUUGAAAUGCAAAAUAUGAUGCUUGCGGAAUCUAAGUAAAGAGACAUACAAUUAUGUGAGAUGAUUUGUUUCGCUACAGUUGGAACUGUGUGUUGGACAGGAGCCGCAAUUGGACGGAUUGAAAGUAAUUUGUUAAAAUUCACUUGAUUGCUUAGUUAAUAUGAACACUUUAAAAUGUACAUGCAAAAUGGGAGGUGAAAUCAUGUAUUGUGAGAUAUUGUGUUCAUUCCCUGGAACUAGUGAUAUUUACAUCCUUAACAUAAUAAAAUACCCCUGACAGUUGAAAGCCAAAUAUAAAGGAAAUACAUGUAACAGAAGACAAAUUAAUGACUUUUUUUUUAUUUUUCACAGCUUGUUUGCAUUCACUAAACGUUUUUUAUUUCUUUAAAAUUUAAUGCGAACGUUUAGGUUUGUGAAUGAAAAGACUGAAUAAUGAACACUUGAUCAAACAGCAUAAGUGGACAAAUUGAAACCCUAAUAUAACUAUUUUUAAGUAAAGAUCGGUAGAGUUCGUGCAUGUUAUAUAUAAGGCUUUCAACUGAACUGAUCUGACGACGCACCUGUUAUAACACGAGAGAAAUGGUGUUGAGACAAUUUUUAUAAUGCUUUUUCAUUCUUUACAUAUGCUGUGUUUACCUAAUUUCUGUCGAUACCAAUGUUUUUGAUGAGUUUAGAGAGAGGACUGUCUCAAUGGUGUAUUCAAAGAGUUGAUAAAUACGGAGAAUAGUAUCAUGAAUAUAACAAAACAUGAAGUCCCAUUAAGGCUAGUGGACGCCUCAUUUAGUGUAGUGGAAGUGGGCGAGAGGUUAUCAUUGUGUCGCUAAUUGGUUAUCACUUAUUUGUUUAUUUAUCAAUUCGUCGGUGUAAAUUAAGUGUCUUUUUCGAAGUUUAAAAGUGUUCUUGAAUUGUUUGAGUUUGUCCAUACUUUGUAUAACGAAUGGUUAUCAAUUGUAUUUUAUUAUAUUUAGUCCUAAUUCGUAAGCUGAAUAAAUGAAUAAAAAAGACAA